AUGCACGGGGGCAUCAUUCAGGUAAAUUAUCACAUAGUUUAUUCGAAAAUAGAACAGCCGAUCCUAAGUGAAGCUAGAUUUGUAUUAGAGUAUACAAUUAAAAUGAAUCGUAAACGGAGUCCAUCAUGGGAUCGUUUCAAAGUUAUGGAAGAUAAUAAAGCUAAGUGCAAAUACUGUAGUCAGCAUGUCAGUGUUGCUGGUGGUUCUAUUGGAAAUUUGAUAAGACACUUGAAAACCAAACAUCCCACAUUAAAUUUGAAUAACGAGAAAACUGAUCAAGUUAAUAAUAAGGACGUCAAAAUUAAUGAAAAUGUCAAUGACGAUGAUGAUGAUGAUACAGUGUCUAGUUCUGGUUCUGACAUUCAAGGAGUAACCAAUUCGAAUAUUACUGCGACUUCGAACAAAACAAACACACAAUUAAAUAUUACAAAUUUCUUUGUCCAAUCUGUUGCUUUAUGUAAAUCGAAACGGUUCGAUGCACAAUUGAUAAAAAUGAUUGUAAAAGAGUACCAUCCUUUUUCAAUCGUGGAAAACUCUGAAUUUGUCAAAUUUGUUAAAUUGCUUUGUCCAGGUUAUUCUCUACCAACACGAAAAACUGUAUCCAAUAAUUUAUUACAGCAAUUAUAUUUGUCAACUUUGGGAGAAGUUAAAAUAGACUUGAAAAAAGCUAGUGCAGUUUGUCUUACAACAGACUCUUGGACAUCUGUAAACAACGAAAGUUUUACCGCUAUAACAGCUCAUUAUUUGGAUUCUAAAUUUCAAUUGAAGUCAAUAUUAUUAGAAUGUUUAUCAUUUCACAGUAGGCACACAGCAGAAAAUAUAUCAAGGUGUUUAAAAGAUUGUGUACAAAAUUUUAAUUUAGAAGAUAAAAUCAUUUGUUGUGUUACUGAUAAUGCAGCUAACGAAGUUGCCGCUAUUCGACUUUGUAAUUGGCGCCAUUUACCAUGUUUCGUACACUCGUUAAAUCUUGUAGUACAGCAGAGUUUGAAAGAGAUUUCAAAUGUAACAGUAAAAGUUAAAUCUAUAGUUGAAUACUUCGAACGAAGUUCUUAUGCUCUUUCAAAAUUACAAUCAAUGCAAGAACAGAUGAAGUUACCAAAAUUGAAACUCAAGCAGGAUGUCAUAACUCGAUGGAAUUCCACAUACGACAUGCUAAAUAGAAUUCUACAAAUCAAAGAUUCCGUUGUUUCCACAAUAGCAGUUUUACAAUGUGAUGUACCAUUGUUAACAAGUCAAGAAUGGAACAUUAUCGAAAAGAGCGUGGAAAUACUUAAGAUUUUUAAUGAUUUUACGAUAGAAAUGAGUGCAGAAAAAAACAUUACAAUAUCCAAAAUUAUACCUCUCGUUAAUAUCAUGAAUAAAAAAAUUAAUGAUUACUAUAAUGAUGGACCAACAUCAAUCGAAGUAAUGCAAAUGGUGAAGAGUUUGAAGGACUUAUUGAGUCAUCGUUUCAAAUAUGCAGAAGACAAUGAAUUGUUGUGUCAAGCUACUAUUCUUGACUCAAGAUUUAAAAACCAUGGAUUUUCUAACGAAACAAAAUUUUCUUCCGCUUAUGAAGCACUAAAAUUAAAAGUUCGUGCUGUAAAGUUGAAUGAGCUUCAGUCUACUAAUAAUAACAAUACACUCAUCGAGUCUCAACCGACAAAUUUAAGUUUAUGGGAGGAUUUUGAUAGGAAAGUUAAACGAAUUUGCGGUGCAAAUAAUCCUAUGGCAUCAGCAAUUAUCGAGAUGGACAAAUACCUCCAAGAGCCACUUUUGUGUCGCACAGAAGAUCCAUUAAUAUGGUGA